AUGAAUUUUGGCGGCUUCAGAGAUGAUAUCACAUCCCGUGACGGCGCGUACCAUCCGUUGCGAACACGAGUCGUGCAGCCAGUAGUCCUUUGUCUACGCUCUCCUCUAUCCAUAACGCGAAGUCGAUGUAGACAGGAUCGUGGACGACCAGGCAUGGUGUUGGAAGAGAAGUCUCUAUCCACCCACAAUGUGAUAGUUAACAGCAACAAUGUUGUGAUGCAAAGCACUACCAAGAAGAUUCCGCAUCCUGCUUCGACGAGAUACAAUGACAAUCGAGACGAUGACGAUGACUUUCCUAGUCCCAUAGCAAAACGUAGGAAGAUCGAAACGCUAUUACAAACUCCUUCCAAAGACGCAAAAAGUCUCUACGGCAACUCACCAUUACGAUCGCCUCGUAGAGAUAAACGAGUUUAUGAAGACCACGAGAAUGAGAAUGAGCUGGAACAAGAUGUAUCUGACGAAAGAUUGCCCGUACAAACUCAAUUAGAGACGGCUCUUCCUCCUGUUCAGACUGACAAGGAGGCCAUUGAAGCUUAUGAAGCGUACAAGGCUGGCGAAGCUCAAGAUGACUCGGAGAACUUACACACUCGACUCGAAAAUAGAUCGUGGAUCAGAGGCAGGAGUUCUAUCUAUGUGGAUGCCUUCAAUCUCGCUCUGGAAACAGUCCUCAAAGAAGAGAGUCAUUUAUUUGACGAAGCUGAGAACACGGUCUUCUCUAUCUGGAGAGACCUAGGCUAUGAGGCACAAUAUCUGUACGUACGAUUGUUCUUACGCAAGACUGCUGCUUGGCAUCGUAUAGGGCGACUAGGUUACUAUGACGAUAUUACCGAUAUGGACAGUGUGGUGGCAGAAUUGCAGCUAAAUCGCAAAUUACCCAAAGUUGAGGAAGAAGUCAAGCCAUUUCCUGGAGAGGCUGUCCUACCAGAGGACGCUAUGCCUCUAGGGACAAGUUUCCAGUUCGCUGAAUGUAGUGAGGAACAUAUCAACACCCUCGACGAGGCUAGUAGCUUGCUUCUGCUCGAUGAGCUGAAAGUCCUGGCGAAGGAAGCCAAGGUCCAAGGAAAGAACAAACGUGAAUUGUUGCAGAACCUGCGCAAGACGAGUGGAAAGCAAGCAGGCCUGGGCUUUCUCAAACGUUCUGAGACGGAAGAGUCUAUCAACAGCAACGAGUUCAAUAAGGAUUCACAAGCAGAAGAUGAAGACGAGACGUCAACAAGUGGUACUCAUACACCUAUAUCCAAGUACAACAGAGAUGCACAUUACACCAAGAAGAUUCUUGAUCAGACUGGCAAAUGUAUACGCUUAUCACUUCUACCACUCAAGCUGUUCGAACGUGUUCACUUGGUCUUCUAUCGAAGCACAGAAUGGACCGAAAAGUCGUUGACCACGCUCCUUCUUGCUAAGAUUUCGCGUCGUAACUUUCCGAACUAUAUCGUCAGCAGGUCUGCCAAUAUCUUUGAGUCCCGAAGUCUUCUUCUCGAAUUUGAGGCAAGUCUCCGGACACAGUUUCGUGUCGAUAACGUGAUAGAAUUUAGCCAUCUGCCUGUGCACAAACAGGUAGAUGCUGUACGUAGCAUAUUCGAGGCAGUGUAUCCACGCUGGAGAGUUCUGCUAGCAAAAGAGCAGGAAAAGGAGGACCGAGUGUACGAAACAGGAGAAGGAGCCUACUUGCGUAGAUUCAGCCCAGCAUGGGUAUACACACGCAUCGUGCACAAGGGCUUAUGGCCGUUGGCACGCCUGAGAGAGCACAAAAGAGAGCACGAACUGCUGACUGAGCUCCUCGGACAAUAUUUGUUCCAUGCAUCACGAAGAGGAGCAUGGUAUCAACGGAAAGCUCUUCUCGAAGAGCACUAUAUGUACGCUUUAAGUGACGCUGAAGGUCGCAGCGAAGAAGCCAACAAGAAGUUCUGGAAGCGAGUUUCGUUGAGGACGUGUGAGCAAGGACUGGAGGACAACGAAUGUCAUAUCAUCUACCACUACGACCUACAGAAACGAAUCACGAAACUCGAAAAACAACUCAAAAUACCCAAGCGUGAACAGCAUGAGUUCAGUCAUGUAGGGCUCAGCAAGGCUCGUGAACGAACUGUCGAAGGCUUCCAAAUAGUUCCUUUAGAACGUGAAGAGACGCCUGCUCGCAGGGCUUCCCUGCAGCGAAAAGAUAGUAAUGGUCGCUCACAAUCGCGCGAAAGAACCAAAGGGCAGGAACAAGAACAGCGUGCCGCUACACCAACAAACACGAGAAGAGGUGGUGGCAAGACAACAUGGCUCGACGAGCUCGACACUAACGAGUACGUCUCCGUUGAAGCUCUCUGCCUCAGCCACUAUCGUCAUGUCUUAGGCUACAAAGGCUACCACAGCGAAGGUGGUAUCCUCCGCUGUCUAUUUGGCCUCCUAUUCUACGACAUCAUGUUCGACGUCUAUGUGCCCAACGUCUUCCAAACAGCUUACCAAACAUGUCCUUUGGACCUCCAUACCGACGCAUUUUACUCUGCACGAAUUAGCGAGAUCAACAGUCGCAUUAACGAGCUUGCCGAACCUGGUCGAGCAGCACGAAUCCUACAGCGGGUGUGGGACGAGUAUCGAGAGCAGAAAAUCUGUGUCAUUGGCGUGCGUUGGGAGGAGUAUGAGCUCGACGAUCUACUUGAAAUUGUGUAUUGCUUCACUGCUGACGGGCAGGGUAAGCUAGGCGUUGUAAUGCGUGUGCUGGCUCAGGAAUAUGGAGCGAGGGGCGGAGGCGUGCCAGACCUAUUCUUGUGGAAGAAAGAGGAGAAUGGCAGCGGAAAGGUGAUGUUUUCGGAGGUGAAGAGCGAGAAUGAUCGGUUGAGUGAUACUCAAAGGCUGUGGAUUAGCGUAUUGCUCAAUGCUGGUAUUGAAGUAGAAUUGUGCCAUGCUGCUGCGAGGGAGACGAGACCUGAAUGA